UGUCACGACACACAUUUGCAUUUCCCGAGCGCCCUCGGCGAUCAUAUGGUCGAAUGGGGCAAUCACAUGCGCGCUGCAGUAGUCGUGAGGUUCGUGCGACAGCGAGUGCCGCAGGCAUAUAUCUGGUGAUUAGUGCGCGGAAGUCGGUCGGUGGCCCGAUAAGCUCACGCAUCAUAUCCGCAAAUGCCCGCUAGCUGCAGCGCGACUUGAGCCAGUUCACUACGUACUCUCCUCCCGUGACGACAGACGGGCCGCGCGCUGCUUGAACUAUGUGUGACAAACUCAAAGUCAAUCAAGCCUGCGUAACCGUUCACUCUGCUUACUUGUACCCUCUCGACCUCUACACGCAGACGUCGGAAUGCUACGAGUGCACGCUCCAGCUAGUCCGCCGUUCACACCAUCAGAGUCGGGACAAUUUCAGCGUGGUCUUGGGCAGCAUCUACGAGACGGAGCUGCAGCUGCGAAGGCACUUUGAUGAGAACCCCUUGCCCAACUGCACUUACCGUAAGUACCUUGGUGAACAUGGCUCAUAUCUGCUGCGUGUCUUGCCCAAUGGCCACUGUGACUGGCAGGUGGUCGAGGAGCCUGUCAACAUCUAUAAUCCACUCAUUGUCAUGGCAGCAGUACUGCUGUUUUUGGUGUUACUCUGGCAAGCCAUGGCCUGCUUCAAGAGGCUUUGCUCUGCUAUUGUUCCACUCGGCACUGUCCCCUCAAACUCUCAGGAAGGCAUACUGGGGACUGCUGUGACAUUUGAAGACGGCCAAGCUGUACCCACUGCACCCCCUAAAAAGCGGCUACACUCUCUCGAUGCUUUCAGAGGGCUCUCGCUGAUGCUGAUGGUGUUCGUCAACUAUGGUGGUGGCAAGUACUGGUUCUUCCACCACAGUCCAUGGAAUGGGAUCACCUUUGCCGACCUGGUCUUCCCAUGGUUUGUGUGGAUCAUGGGUGUCUCACUAGCCAUGACCAUACGGUCACUUCUUCGCAAGUCAGUCACCAAAGGUCGCAUAUUCCUACAAAUUGUGAAGCGCACCGUCAUCCUCUUUGGGCUCGGCAUAGUGACCAACACCCUUUCUGGUGACGUUGAUUUAAGCAUGCUGCGUAUUCCUGGCGUGCUGCAACGCCUGGCCUUCUCCUAUCUGGUGGCUGCCGUGGUGCACCUUCUGUUCGCCAAGCCGCAUGAGGGACACCUGGUGUGGACCCCUAUGCGGGAUGUGCUAGCCUACUGGCCCGAGUGGCUGUUGGCGAUUCCCAUCCUGGCACUUCACUUGGCCCUGACCUUCUUUUGGCCCGUGCCCAAUUGCCCACGGGGCUACCUUGGUCCUGGAGGCUUGCACCAGAACAGCAGUUUUGAAAACUGCACAGGCGGGGCAGCUGGCUUUAUCGAUCGAACAAUCUUUGGCAAGCAGCACAUCUACCAGAAGCCAGAUGUGCAGCAUAUAUAUCACACGCACCUGCCAUAUGACCCUGAAGGUACACUAGGAUGCCUCACGUCCAUAUUUCUCGUCUUCUUGGGCCUUCAGGCUGGCAAAAUUCUGCUCACGUUCCCAGGUUGGAAACCUCGAGUUGUUCGUUGGUGUUGCUGGGGCCUCCUUUGUGGCAUUGUUGCUGGUGUGCUGUGCAAGUUCUCAAAGGAAGAUGGCUGGAUUCCGGUCAACAAAAACCUGUGGUCAGUGUCCUUCAUUCUCUCCACAGCCAGCACAGCCUUCUUUCUUCUGGCUAUCCUGUACUACCUGAUUGAUGUCUGUGGAUGGUGGUCGGGGGCACCACUUGUGUACCCAGGCAUGAACUCCUUGGCCGUGUAUAUGGGGCACGAGAUCAUGCAUGGCGUAUUCCCAUGGGCAUGGCAGUGCCCGGAGUCACAUUGGUGCUACCUGUUUAUGAACCUCUGGGGCACUGCACUGUGGGUGGUCUUUGCAUGGCUGAUGUUCCGCAGAAAGCUGUUCAUCUCUGCCUGAAGGAAUCUCCUCCUCCGUGGUUUCUGCACAGCAUAGACAUUGGCACCCUGGAGUUUCCAUGUCUGUCAUUGUGAACGUUUUGGCGUGCAAAUAUCUUGUGAAGUGUAUCUUGGCACAAAUAUUUGCAUGUGGGCAAUUCCAGAUGGCUACGUCGUGGCACUUUAUGAGAGGUGGGUAUCCAGUGUAUUCAUAAUAUAAGGCACAUAAACUAUUGAUACGUGUACAAAUAUAUACUAGGAUGGUUGUACUCGAAGAGUAGUUGCACUGUGACCUUGAACUUGCAUGUGACCUAAACCUUAUAUAGAGAGAAACAUGCUUGAGAAAGCUCGCACAGCAUAUUCUCGCUGUUUUCAGUGCAAAUAAAGAGAAACAAUUACAGUGUAUAUCUGGCAGGUGUGCUAGCGCAGUUUGUGGUACAGGUUGCGCCUCUUCUCAGUCAUAAAGGAUACCCCUUUGUAACAGUUUUGAGCUGGUUCAUGCUCCGUUGGUUACUUCAACCUGGUAUGAAAGCAGUCACACACAUGGAAUGUUAUUGACCACAGGAAUGCGUCUUGACAUGCAAAAGGUUCAAGACAAUGCACCUGAGAAACAUGGAGGGUGACAUCAACUAGAAUUGCCAUAUGGUAAAGCUAAAAGCUAGACAAAAUCGCGUGUUAAAUCAGUAGAUCAAUGUCACUGUCAGUGCUGGAAUGCUAACUUCCCCAAUUUGCACAAAAGCCAUUGCCUCCAGUGUGCUAUCAAAAUUGCCUGCAUUUUGAAGCGUACAUCUUAAAGGAGAAUUGACAUGUGCUUUCCGUCCCACUUUAGCUUUAAUAGAUAGCCAUCAACCCAGUGUUCUCGGUCAAAAUUCCGAAUUCAUCCAUUGUGCAAAACAUCCCUACCUCAUCCUAUAUCAACCAGUCCAAGAUAUGCACGAAGUGCAGCAUGACUUCAAGGCACUAGUGACAUCAAGACAGUAAGAGGUGGUGAGCAUAUGGUAGCAUGAACCGCUAAUACACAAGUUGGCACGGUGUAGUGGUCUUAUACCACGAAGCCAAGAACCACACAUCCAUCUUCUGUACCAUCAAAUGUUUUCCCUUGUGCCCCAGUUGACGUUGCCCUGCAUUCCAACCAGAAUGAGGGUUCACCGACAUUGCUUCUCCAGAACUCGGCCUGUUCCCCAGACCUUCUUUUCCUUCUCAGUGGGUCCCCUCAUCGCAUGUGGAAUGCACAUUCAGCUUUCAUUGGUAUGGUCUAGGUGUAGCCCAAAUUAAAGAGACUGGUUUGACUGGAGGUGCAAACCAAUGAAUUAUAUCAUAAGAACCCAACAAACACUGACACCAAGGGCAACAUAGGGGAAAUUACUUGUGCUUAAUAAAUGAAAUAAAGAAACGAUAAAUUAAUGGAAAUUAAAGUGGAUGAAAAAACAACUUGCUGCAGGUGGGACCGAACCCACAACCUUCGCAUUCGCGUGCGAUGCUCUACUAAUUGAGCUACCGCGGCGCCGUUUCCCCAUCCACUUUCCUGGGCAUUUAUGUUUCCUAGUAGAACCCUGGAAGUGUUAGCCAGCGCCCCCACUCGUAGACCUUGGCGGCGGAUGUGAAACAUCCUUUCUGCCACAGGCGUCACGAGAACGUGAUCUUUUUGUGUGAAGGCAACCGGUCAAUAAACCCACACAUGUUACCUGAAGGCAUCAGUGUUGCCGGAUUCGAGACCCUCGUUAUGUAAUAAACGAGAGAAAAAGGGGUUAACCGAAACGCGAAGGUUGUAGGUUCAGUCCCCACCUGCGGCAAGUUGUUUUUUCAUCCACUUUCAUUUCCAUUAAGUUAUUGUUUCUUCAUUUCAUUUAUUAAGCACAACUAAUUUCCCCUAUGUCGUCCUUGGUGUCAGUGUUUGUUGGCUUCGUAUGGUAUGACUAAUAAAAAUCGGGCCCCUCGGUUAACCCCUUUUCUUCACACCAAUGAAUUGUAAUACAGCUGAACCCACUUAUAACGAUACCAGUUUUAACAAUACAUCGGUUAUAACAAUGAGAAGCUGCUGCACCAUCAACUUUUGUAUGUUUUCCAUGGUGAAAUAACCCGCCUAAUACAAUGCCCCGACGCUGCAUUAUCGGUUAUGACGAUAAGCCUGGCUGCUGGGUGUCCGAGCCGAAAGGCAGUGAAAUGUGAAAUCCUUGAAAACAAAACAAGAAAACGAGAAAUUCGAGCCGCUGCACGAUAGGCUGCUGUUCCAAAAGCCGCCGCGCGCUCAUUUUCUAGCCAUCUUUGCGCGGCUCUCUCCCGUCACCCUCCACCCCUCCGAACAUGAAUGGGCUGCGCCCAUAGCUCUAGGCCGCCCCACCCUUUGAAACACAAAUGGACUGCGCCAAGUGCGCCACAAGCAGAUAGCUCGCAUGUUGCUCGCUGGCUCUUCAUUCAGUGCAGUUCUGCUAACAGCUUCAUCGCUCGUGUUCGUUUUUGUUGGUUGUGUCGAAGUCGUUCCUGGCCACGCGGUUUUUCAACUUCGCUUGACUCGCCACAGAAAGGGAACAUGGCUGAUCCACCCGCUGAUCAUCGGCAAUGCACGCCGUUGCCGGUGAAAAGGAAGUGCACGGCUAUAGAUUUACGAAUUAAGUGCUUCUAACCGAUGAGACUAUCACUGUACACAUACUUGCGUUGGAUAGCGACGGCGACGACGAUAGCGAUGACGUGGUAGGGCAGGCUGCCUCAACGUUGUCCUCACAGGAGGCCCGGCAUGAUUCAGUCCCUCCGGGGCUUCCUUUUCACGAGGAACCUUGCGCUGCACUACGUGGAGCGCUUGGAUGCCUUGAAGGAGGAUGUCGGCAUGCUUUGCGUAAAGCAUGCAUGGCUGACAGACAGACUUUUCUCGUGCAAGCCAGGGACAAGUACGUGGUGAGAUGCUUGUGGCAAAAUCUCCUCAGCAUUUCUUCUGGAUUUCUCAAGCUGACAGGCUGUCGCGGCAGCCUUCUCGCAAUUUUUAAAAGGCCCCUUUUGGGGCCACCAAAGUGAUGCCUCGGCGGUGCUCGCAUAUCGUUUGCCAACCGUGACACCUCUUUGCAGUUGUCAUAGCAGUGUCAUUAUUUAACACCGACAGCCGCGGCUUGUUACAUGCGGUCGGAGCGCCCAGGAAGCAGUUAAUCGAGUGAACACGAUCAGCAGCCGGGCGGAGGAAGGUGGUGGGGAGGGGCACUGGCCUCCCUGUCUAUAUAGUUUUCUCAUAUCAGCUCUGCCAUCCCCCUAUUUUGAUUUUUUCAUGCAACCCGGUUGUAACAAUUAUCGGUUAUAACAAUGGAAUUUUCGUUGCACUUUAAUAUUGUUAUAAGUGGGUUUAACUGUACCAUGUGAUCACUACCUUUGACUGCCGUUAUCGCACCACCAGCCUGACACUUCUCUGCAUCCUGUUGGCAUUCUGAACUUGCCAAUGUAAACGACAAUAUUUUUUUUAAUGCUAGAUCUGAGGCCUGAUCCUGUCAUCACUGGGCCAACAGCUAGCUAAUAUAGAAAGAAGAAAAGGUGACAAAAAGUUGUGCCAGUAUCCAUUCAAAGGUCCACUUUUUUAAAACCAUUACCAUGCAAUGUUGAUGUCACUAUCCCAAAAAGAAUGUAACAAGGUGUAGUCCUUCACUCAUACUUCCUGAGGAGUUGCUCAUGAGAUAGGAUUGUCCUAUGUAAGCUGUGCAUUUUUGAGCUUCGUCUUUCUGCUGUUCUACCAGUGUUUUGGUACUUGUCCUUGCUCAGGUUCAUCCUUGGGUGCAUCUACAAUCUUUAUUAUAAGUUUCGAAUCCACUCUGUGGGUCACGAUAUAUGUCACUAAGCCCUGUUGCAGUGCUCCUGUAGCAUGCUCAGCACUCAGAAGCUUAGGAGAGCCAGUGACACUGUCCCUCUCAACCUGUGACGCUUUUGAGGGGCAAGAGGGGCACCACUGUGCAAGCUAACAACAGGUUCGACCACACAUUCACUGGCUUUUAAACUUUUGACAACAGCUGUACAAAGAUAAGUUAGCUGAACUGCAUGCAUCGAGUUGCAGUCUUGUUUGGAGAGACUGGCAAGAUCAGUGCGAGCUGCAAGAUAAAAGCCACAGCCACGACAUGCCCCUGGACAAGCAGAAUGGAGAAAGGUGUGACUUGUGCAGCCCCACAGUUGAUGACUCUAACAUAACUGUUUCCUUGAUUUUGAGAAUUCUGUAAUUUAUUUAGUUCACAAGUCAGGUGCACAGUAAUAGGCUUUCUAUCCUAGACUAGAAGUGAAAAGAAGGUGCGCUACCUAGAAAGGGGCUGAUUGCUUCCCAAAUACCUUCUGUUGCUUUAUUUUGUCUUCAGAGGCAGCAGCAUCAGUUCGUAUGAGUUGCAUAGCUUGGUUGCUUAUGGUAGGCCACUGUUCUCAGUUCGUAGCCUUUCAAUAAUGCAUAUAGCUUCAGCUGACUGUCGUAGUACCUUUAAAAAAAGAAGGAAGUGGCGUAAAAUGCUGAGGGACUGUGAUGCUUCUUGGGAUGGAAGAUACCAAUUGAGAGAGUAUAAUGGGUGUAUUGGUAAUCCGUACUUUCAGUAGGCCAGUGCACAUUCGAAAAGGAUGCAGACUGAUGAAGUGACAGGGACAAAGGGCUAAAUAUGGGCUUCAUCCUUGUUACAUUUGUUUGUCUUCAUUGAUUUCAAUGUGCGCCGGCCUGCUAAAAGACUCCUUGCGACAUUGCUCUCAGAUAUGUUGUACUUUUACACACCACCUUAUGAUGUGUUACAACUACUGUUAAUUAUGAUAGUAUCUAUGUGGAGGUCCUGAUCACCAGGGCCACGGAUUUGAAACUUACAGGUGCAGGUAACUUCCCUGUUAGCUUCAUUUUGUAGUUUUUUUGCUUUGUCCAACCAGUCCGUAUGGAAUGCUGGUAAAUGGUGCUACACUUCGUAAUAUGCAAAAUAUCAGAAAGCAAGUACUCAAGAAGUGCAGGAACCUAAGCUUUUUAUUUCCCUCUCUCUCUCCUUUUUUAAUUGGUAUCAAACAGUGCAUUGGCCUAUUCACAAGGUUAGUGGUUAGUGAACAAUAUCAAUUACUAGAUAUCAAUGUUGAAUGACUGUUGUUUAUAAGCAGCUAGUUUUGGAUAUAUUCUCCUUUUAAAUAAAAACAACUGAACAACGGCGUCUCUUGCAGCAAGGUCAUCUGCCUUAACAGAUGCAAAGAACACUCGGUAAGCAUUUUGUACAGCAAGCUCCACUGUUUUACUUUGUGGAAGCAAAAAAGGCACCCAUUAUGCGCCAGAGCUUUUGCAUGUCAUCGAUGAUGCACAUCGCCAUAAUGGUGGUGUGCAAGAGCAUGCUGUGAAGCAGCGAUAUGAGUUGUGCAGCCCAGCAGUUGAUUUUGAUAUGACACCACCACCCUCAACCUUAUUUUGAACUCCAUUCUCACCAUAACUAGCUAAGCUAGUUGCAUUGUUCGAGUGUAUAGUGUUAUUUAGGAAGACAGUACACUGUCAGUAGGAAGCAAAAGCUACAAUGGUAUCAUAGACGGUGCACAUUGGUGUAUAUCUAUUGCCCUGUGGUAUGCUAUUGAGGUUAGGGAUAGGUGCUGCAUUUUCCUUUUUAUUUUGGGUCUGCAUAUAUGCAAGAGAGAGAGAGACCUUUGUUUUGCCUCAGUGUGCGGCGAAGUUGUAGUGAAUAGGCUUGUGCUCUGUGUUGCAAUACAAGGCUUUCUCUGGUCAUUUCAGGAUUGAAGUCAGUGUAUUUUUCAAGUUUCCGGUGCCAAAUACCACUCAGCUGGUCAUGUGAAAAACCUCAAAGUAGUAGUUUGAUUUGUAAUGGCAGUCUUGUCAACUCUGCUUAUGGCCAGUCUACUUAAAGGCGAUCUUAAUUUUUUUGUUGGCCACUUUAUAUGUCUUAUUCCUUCUUUCAUUAUGUAGAGCUCAUGCAUGCAGCAGCUGAUGUAGAAUUUCUUUCUCUCUUGUUUUUCCUUCUUUUCCUUUAUCAUGUACAAUAACAGACAUGUGAAUUUGCUCAGGCUUUUCAUGUGCCACGGCGGCCGCAUUUCGAUGGGGGCGAAAUGCGAAAACACCCGUGUACUUAGAUUUAGGUGCACGUUAAAGAACCCCAGGUAGUUGAAAUUUCCGGAGCCCUACACUACGGCGUGCCUCAUAAUCAGAAAGUGGUUUUGGCACGUAAAACCCCAUAAUUAAAAAAAAAAAAGCUUUUCAUGUGGCUCUCCUAAUUAAAUGCAUGGAAUGCUUUGUUUUUAUGUUGUUGACUCCAUCAGUUCGGCUGUAACUUGGUACACCAAGUAGUCUGUCAUUAUAAUCUGCACUAAUGUUUUUGUAUCUGUGCAGAAUAGAAAGAAAAGACAUAACUCUUAGAAUGGUUCAAGGCAUGCAAAUAUAAUAUAGUUGAUCUUUUUAAAACUUGGACUCAGCCAUUUGUGCUCGGAAGGCUUGGUGAACUCGCCUGAAAGGUUUAACUACUGCACAUGUGAUGCAGUUUAGGGUGUCGUUUCAGUAUUCUGAAUACACCCUAGCCUGUCUCUAUUUGCAGUGUUGGGACUGUAAAGUUGGAAUUUCAAAAAUGUUAGGGUGUACAGUAUGUGGCGGUUAUUUUAUUGCCCACUGCAACACCCUAAAGCUUUCACUUGGUGCAGUUAAGCUGAUGUUUACUCUUUCGAUCUCGUACUGAAUGGUGUACUGUAUUGUGCAUUGUGCAUUUAUACAUAACUCUUAAGAUCAAACUAAUGGGAUAUGCUUGCUCUGGAAGAGAAAAAGUAACUGGUUAAAACUGGUGUGGUGAUUUUGCUGAUACUUUGAGCAGAGCUUCCCAUAGAAUGACAGAGUCCAUGAGAGAGACUAGACCUUGCUAUAUUUUUUCACUUUACCUAUUUUUUACUUUCUUUUGUUUGUUUCUGUCUUGCUGUUAUUGACUGACUAGAUUAUGAAAGGGUGCUGCAGUUCUAUUGGACAAAUUGAGCUCUUUAUUUUAUUUUGACUUGUCCCUAUGGACCUUAUUAAAGUUUUUCCAUCCAUCCAUUGCUCUGGUGCAAAUCUGUUUGCUGUUGCUUGAAUUGUUCUACACUUACACCAACACACACAUACAUGCACGCACACAUAUAUAGUAAGAUUAGUGAAGUUUUUUUUUCUAGACUGCAGAGACUAAGUAUACUUAGCGCCACAUGCAGAGCUUUUGUUUGUAUCUUUUGCGAUAGCUGCUAUUUAUAUGAUGCCUAACACUGCCAUGUCGAUGUGUUAUGUCUGGCAACUGCAGUUUCACUUGAGCUUACAAUACUUUACUGCCAGACUGCUGUUUUUACCCAGAAAGCAUUCUGUCGGUAGUUGGGAGUGGUGUCAAUCUUCUAGAGUAGUGCCGUGAUAGGUGACAGUGUCUGCCUUGAAAUAUUUUUGUUUAUGCUGUUCAUGCCAUAGACUGCAAGAAUAAUAUUCCUCCACAUUUUCAGAAUGUUGGCAGCAGAGUUUAGUGCUCCAUGUUGUUUACUGCUGUCCGAGUAAUGCCUAAAAUAGUGUUAUCUAAAGCCUGCUAAGUGUUAUUCCUGUUAAGACAUUUCUUGUUGCCCAAAGUUGGAAACAAAUAUUGUUAUUGUAAUUAUUUUCACAUUACCUAAAGCACUGAAAGCACUGCAACUGCCUUGUGGCUAUUAUGUUUGUGAGAAUUUGUGACUGUAGGUCUAAUGCUUUUCACCAGUUUCAUGUCCUGUGUGCCCCAAUCAUAUUCUUGGCUGCACUGUUAACUAAAGUAUAGUGUGCUUCAGUUCACAAAAUUUUUGCAUGUGUGUCUCCUGUCAGUCUGCAUUAUGGGCUGUGGCUUUCUGCUUGCCCAAUUUUUUUAAAGUUUAAUUUGUAUUGGCCUUUUUCUUACGACCAUGUGUUGCACAAUGGAAUUCAGAUGUGUGUCAGCUGAUACAGAUGUUGAAAGUUUAUGAAGAAUUUAUGGUGUACAGAUUAUUGAAAGGCAUAUGGAACGGAAACAUAUUUUUAGCUAUUUCAAUAUGUCUAGAAGUUCUCCUUCUCUGUUACAGUUUCUUCCUCUGAAUAAACCGAAUUUUGCAAUGGA